CUUGACUUGGAAGACUGAAAUGUAAAGUCUUUCGUGGGGUUCUGAGCCAACAUUCCACAUUCGGUCUCAUUGUCUCUCCCCCGAUUUACGCAAGUCGCUGAAGACUAAAACCGGAGACAUGUUCUUGGUGUCAAUGUCAACCUCUUCUAGAGCCAUUUCGUUUUGGUCCAACUCUCUCUCCAGCUCUUCAAAAUCUUUAUUACCUCGGCGCUUCACUCUCUCUCUCUUCGUCUCAACAGCCAACACUUCCAGGUUCCAAAUGUCGUCAGAUUCUAUUCCUCCUCUCCCUGAAAGCCAAAUCGUAGUAGGAUGUGGGGCUGUGGCAUUGGAUUUCUUGGCGGUAGUGGCAGCCUACCCCAAGCCUGACGAUAAGAUCAGAAGUAUAGACUUCAAGGUUGCAGGUGGUGGCAAUGCAGGGAAUGCGUUAACCUGUGCAGCUCGAUUGGGCUUGAGCCCUAGGAUAAUUUCCAAGAUUGCCAAUGAUCCUCAAGGCAAAGGUAUACUGAAAGAGUUAGAAGCUGAUAAUGUCGAUACUUCUUUUUUGGUGGUUUCUGAGGAAGGUAAUUCAACAUUUUGCUAUGUAAUCAUUGACGACCAAGCGAAAACUCGGACUGGUAUUCUCACCCCUGGAUAUCCACCCUUUAUGCCAUCUGAACUGCCACUAUCAACUUUGUUAUCUGCAUUGGAUGGUGCCAGAAUUGCCUAUUUUGAUGGAAGGUUGCCUGAAACUGCCAUAGUAAUUGCACAAGAGGCUGCUCGCAAGAACAUACCUAUUUUAGUUGAUGUGGAGAUGGAAGGAGAAGGGUUUGCUGAUCUUCUAAAAUUGGCAGAUUAUGCUGUAUGCUCAGAAAAUUUUCCCCAGGCAUGGACAGAGGUACCGUCUAUGCCAGGUGCACUUGUUGCCCUGCUUUUGAGAUUGCCAAAUUUGAAAUUUGUCAUAGUGACCUUGGGUGAGAAUGGAUGCAUAAUGCUUCAGAGAAGUGUAGAUGAGAAUCUGGAUCUGGAGGAAAUUGAUGUAGACAGCUUAUUGGAAACCCUAGAACAGAGAAAGGACAAGAGUGUUGCCUCCCCAACAAGUGUAUCAUCGUUAGAGACAAAAUUGAGGGCAAAUGGGAUAGGAACAGUGUGCGGGAGGCUAUUUGUUGGAACAGCUGAGAAGAUUCCACCAUCAGAACUUACUGAUACCACUGGUGCAGGGGAUGCAUUUAUUGGGGCAGUUCUUUAUGCCAUCUGCACCAACAUGCCACCAGAGAAAAUGUUGCCAUUUGCAGCUCAAGUGGCGGCUGCUAAUUGUAGGGCUUUGGGGGCCCGAGGUGGUCUUCCGCACAGGACAGAUCCACGGUUGGCAUCUUUUUUACAGUAGGAUUUCAGAUUGGUUGGCAUUGUGGAAUUUCCACUCCCAACACAAUAACCAGUACCAACCAUAGUGUCUCUUGUCCCUAUGUAGUCCUCCAUUCCAUGUAAAGCCUUGGCCAUCGUGGUUGGUGGCUGUAAACGUGGGAACAGUGUUGGCUGCUGCGGACGAAUUCUUUUUAAUGUGAAAAUUCACCCUUAUUACUGUUAAAAUGGUUGUCACCUGUAGUUUCAAAUACCACAGUGGCUUGGAUGAAUAUCUCGGGUUCAUACAUUUCUCACAAAACAAUUUGGUAAAAUUUCAAGCUGCAGUGUGAGUUUUU